AUGCCACUGCACCAGCUCCUCCCCGAUGUCCAGACUCUAAGUCCCGAACAGAUAGAAGCUCUCCAGCAGCACAUCCGAGUGGAUAUCAUCGCUGUUCACGGUUUGAAUCCCUGGUCGAAGCCCGAGGAAGAACAUGCCUUCGAUACCUGGCGAAAGCCCGCCGGGCCGGAUGGAAGACUAUGGCUGCGUGAUGACUUGAAGGACAAAACACCAGAGGCCCGGGUCUUCUUGUACCAGUACGAUUCAAAGCUGAUCUGGGGAGGGGAUAAGGCUUCUUUUAUCCUGAAAGCCGAUGAGUUUUUGGAGGCAAUUCGAGUCCAGAGAAAAAAGGUAUCGAAUACUCUAUUGAGAUUCCUCUUAUAUACGGGACUUGUGUUCUUUGGCACACCUCAUGAUGGCGGUGACCCGUCGCUGGUACGGAUCGGCUCUGUCGCCGCCAAAAUCGCCCGGUCUCUUGGAGCUCAGAAGAACCAUGACAUUGAGCAAGCUUUGCAAAGUGGCUCACUGUUUACAGAGAUCCUGAAGCACAGCUUUCGGAACCAAUUGAAGAGAUACCAAAUAGUCAGCUUCUGGGAGGGGAAGGGAGAUAUCGUACCCAUGAAAAGUGCUAUAUUCGGACUACCAGAUGAUGUUGAAUACAUUGUGGAACUGAAAGCCACUCACAGUGAUAUGUGUCGCUUCGAUACGGUAAAUGAUAAGCAUGACAAGGACUUAUUCUCGACUGUCUGGGGUAACCUUGAGGACCUAUACGACAAGGCAUUGGAGUGUGGUGAGUCUGAAAAUAUCGAUACGUCGCUGACCGAUAUUCGAGAUCAAAGUCUUGCUGAAAGACUGGCUGCUCUGCGUUCUACGCAAUGA